UAUAGCAACCAUAAAUGGAUUGAAGUUUAUCAAAAAAAGGGACUUUUGUCACAAACUUGAAAAUGUUAGGAAGAUGUUAAUAUAACAGGAAUUGAAGAAAUCUUUUUUUAGAUUUGAGGAUCGUAAUUUCACUUUAAAUCACUAUGUUUAAAAUAACAGUGAAAAGAAACUGAGACAACUUUUACCGAUUUAAGCAGGUUUAAACAAGACAAUUAACAAAAUGGCGACUGGUGGACAAAUUAAUACGGAUAUUCUUUCAGAUGAAAUAUUGGAUGUUUCAUGUUCAAUGUGUAAAAAUCAGGGCAAAAACGCUGAAGGUGAUAAAUACUGUGAAGAUUGUAAAGAUUAUUUCUGUGUUAGUUGUGUCAAAGUUCACAGUAAAGUGCCUUUAUGUGCUGGUCACAAGGUGUUGGAUAAAUCUCAAGUUAAGUCACGAAGCAGGAAAAGUCUGCCGAGGGCACCAACAGAGAGAUGUGACAGACACAGUCAUAAACACAUUGAUAUGUACUGUCAGUUCCAUGAUAAUGUUGGCUGUUUAACAUGUAUGGCAGUUGAUCACAGAUUAUGUAAGAAUAUAUUCUACAUACCAGAAUUUAUCCAAAAUAACACUUACAAAGUUGCAUCCAGAGAAAUUCAAACAAAACUGAAAGCCUUAGAUACCACCUUAGAAAAACAAGCUUAUAGAUUUCAACAGGAUAAACAAAGGCUGUUAAUGAGGAAAGCAGAAAUACUGGCUGAUAUCAGAAAAUUCCGACAAGAAAUCAAUGAUCAUAUUGACAAGCUGGAGAAAAGUUCUAUCAAUGAGAUAGAAGAUAAAGUCAAAUAUCUUGAAGACAAGAUUGAAGAUGGUCUAAAACAGCUACAAACAAAGAAGUCCAUGGUUACAUCAGCUAAAGAUAAAUUCGCAUCUACAAACACAAAUCAAGCUGAUGAGUUUGUUUAUGUAAAGAUGGGAGAAGAAACUGCGAAUGUUGCAAACCAGUAUACCGAGCAUGUCAAAAUGAAAAGUACAGUAGAAGACAUAGAAUUUCAACCUGAUAGAUCAAUUCUUAAAAAGUUGAAACACAAGAACAACCUGGGCACACUUACAGAGAAAGGUAAUAAAUCAUAUAAUGUCAAAGUUAGGUCCGAUGAAAACGUUUGUGAUAUCACCAGUGCCUGCUGUAUGGAAGAUGGUACAAUAAUUCUGGCUGACCACAGCAACAACAAACUUAAACGGUUACACAGUUAUAACUAUACUGUCACUAACUACUAUGAUCUACCUGGAGGACCACAUCAAGUGUGUCUAAUCAAUAACAAACAAGUGGCAGUAACUAUUCCAUCACUAAAGGAAGUUAAUUUCAUUUCUCUAGAAAGAAAAAUGGAAACAGCAAACAAGAUUAACACUGAUUUUAGAUGUUUUGGUCUUGCGUAUGCAAACAAUACUUUAUUUAUUUCAGAUGAAUACACAUCAGUAUAUAUGUAUACAUUUUAUGGUAGCAAAUUAAAUCAGUUCAGUCAGAAUCAAUCAGGUCAUAAGCUGUUCUCUGACAUACGCAGUAUAGCUGUCAAUAAGUAUGCUGCAAGGAUUUAUGUUGCUGACUAUAAUAACGGGCUGAUAGUACUGAACAACAAUGGUCAAGUUAUUACCUCAUUUAAUGAUGAACAAUUAAAAGGGGCUACAUGUUGUUAUCUCACUGAAGAAAGUGGUGUCCUGGUAUCUGGAUUUGGCUCCUAUAAUGUUUUAGAGUUUUCACCUGAUGGUGAGCUGUUAGAAGAGGUUUUAAAAGCUGAUAGUAGGAAAAAGAGAAUUGAGUCAGUCUUUUGUAUUCAACAAAUGCCUAAGAUAUGUAUAAGUAGAUGGAUGGAUGACAACAUUGAAGUUUAUGAUAUCUAAUCUUUAAUGUAAAUAUAUGAGCCACUAUCAAUAAAGUAUUAUUUAAAAACCAUCCUGAUUCAUAUGUAAAAUUUGAUAUUCCAAAUAUAAAAUGUAAAAAGAAAAACAGUCACUUAAUAACUUGAUUGUGAUUAGUAUAUACAUGUACAAUAUGUGAUGAUACUUAUUCAAUUCAUUCUGAAUAUACAUGAUACAUUAUGUUGUGAAAAAAUUAUCAUAUACAUUAUGUUGUUGUAUAAUAAUUUCAUAUAAAAUUGAUUUACA